AUGUUCGAGUCAAGCUUCAAGAAUUUCAACAUAAACCUUACGUCGGUGAAUCCACGGCAUACCUUCUCCUGCGGGGACAUCGUCACUGGAACUUUAUCGUUUGACCUCACAAAGGAGACUAAGAUCACUGCCAUCACAAUGGCACUGACUGGGAAUGUGAAUGUGCACUGGUCCACGGGCAGCGGGGGCAAGAAGCGACGUCGAAGACAGUUCUCUGCAAAAAUCAACUUGUUCAACUUAAAAAGCGUCAUUCUCCAAGACAAUAUUGCUGUUGGUGGACCUCCCAAACUGCUCUCAGGCACACACGUGUACCCCUUCACCUGUCACAUCCCGCACGGUGAUUACCCAUCUUCUUUUCAUGGCAUUCAUGGAAGGGUCCAAUACCUCUUAACAGUGAGCAUUGACAGACCAUGGCAUUUUGCAAAAACCUUUGAGACGGAGUUGAACUUUUUAGAUCGAAUCAGCAAUCGCCCUGAACUAUGGGCUCCACUGUCCGGCAGCAACAGUAUGCAGGUCUGCUGCCUGUGCUGGGCCUCUGGUCCAGUCGAACUCACCGCCACUUUAGACAAAAAAGCAUUUCUGCGAGGAGAAACGGUAAAAGUCACGUGUGAGAUCAACAAUGCCUCGACUCGGACAGUUACCCCCAAAGUGAGGCUGAAGGAGCGGCAGACGUACUACACCCACGGAAGGCACAACAGAAAUUCAGGCACUCGAAACCUUGUCUCUCAGAACGGAGAACCCAUUAAUGCCAACACUCCAGACGUCCACAAAGAACUCCUGCUCAUGAUACCCUCAAACACACACCUCACUAUUUCUAACUGCCCAAUCUUGGAAGUGGACUACAUGAUUGAGGUUUCUCUGGAUGUAAGAGGCUCCUCUGAUGUCACUGUGCGAUGUCCUAUUAUUAUCUAUGAUAAUAACAUUUACAAUCAGCUUCCACCUCCAUCUUAG